CAGGACUCCAAAAAAUGGAGCAAUAAUGAGAGGGGAGAAGCAGAGGGAGAAGCAUGAGCUGGCGUCUAUUCAAGUUGCUCUCCUUCCUGUUUAUUUGGGAGCAGAUCACAGUUCAGAAAUCAUUCCAAUCCCAGGAACAUGUCUCCAAAGAGUUCGACUGGGUUAUCUCUGAUCGAGGACCAUUUCAUCAUUCUCGGAGUUACCUGUCCUUUGUGGAGAGGCAUCGGCAGGGCUACUCGACUAGAUACAAGAUUUACAGGGAAUUUGCCCGCUGGAAGGUGAGGAACAUAGCGGUAGAUCGUAAGGAGCCCCAGAAAAGUAUCUUGCCCUUGAUGCCUGAUUUUCAGCGCAGUUUGAGGCUUCUGGGAAGGAGGCCGAGCACCCAUCAGAUCAUCGAGACCAUCAUCAAGAAAUACGGCACCCACUUGGUGGUCUCUGCCACUCUGGGGGGUGAAGAAGCGUUGACCAUGUACAUGGACAAAGGUCGACUGGAUCGGCACAUUGGGAAUGGAACUCAGAGUGUAGAGUCGUUGCAUCAUUUGGCAUCAUCUUAUUUCGUAGACAGGGAUGGAACCAUGAGAAAACUUCAUGAGGUCCAAAUAUCAUCAGGAGCCAUCAAGGUCACAGAGACUCGUACCGGCCCACUGGGAUGUAGCAGCUAUGACAAUCUGGAUUCGGUCAGUUCGGUGCUGUUGCAAAGCACAGAAAGCAAACUGCAUCUUCAGGGUCUCCAGAUCAUUAUGCCUCAGUACUUGCAGGAGAAGUUUGUUCAGGCCGCAUUGAGUUAUAUCAUGUGUAAUGGGGAAGGCGAAUAUGUGUGCAGGAACAGUCAAUGCUCCUGCUUGUGCUCUGAAUCCUUCCCCCAAUGUAACUGUCCCUUCACUGACAUCCAGAUCAUCGAGAACACGUUGAGUAACCAGGGCAAAGCAUGGGCACAAGCAUACAGAGAUUUUGAGAGCUCAGAUGAGUUUAAAUCUUUCAUGAGACGCUUACCCAGCAGCCACUUCCUAAGCAUUGGAGCCAUUCACCAGCACUGGGGAAAUGAUUGGGAACUGCAAAGUCGUUACAAACUCCUACAGAAUUCUCUAGACGUCCAACGCCAAAAGAUGCAGCACACGGCGCGAAAGCUGUUCAGUCUAAGCCUGCGCUGCAAACACAAUCCCAAUCACCAGUUACCCAGAGAAAGAACGAUCCAACAGUGGCUGGCUCGAGUACAAUCACUUCUUUACUGCAACGAGAACGGAUUCUGGGGCACGUUCCUGGAGAGCCAACGGAAUUGCGUGUGCCACGGCGGCAGCACGCUGUGCCAACGGCCCAUUCCUUGCAUCAUCGGAGGCAACCAAAGUUGCGCCAUGUGCAGCAUGGCAAACAUCUCACUCUGCGGCUCCUGCAACAAGGGAUACAAAUUGUACCGCGGCCGGUGCGAGGCGCAGAACGUGGAUUCGGAACGCAGCGAGCAGUUCAUGAGCCUGGAGACCGAGCUGGACUUCCAGGAUCAGGAGCUGCGCUACCUCUUGCAGAAGAUGGACUCCCGUCUCCACGUGCACACCACGUUCAUUAGCAACGAGAUCCGGUUAGACACCUACUUUGAUCCCCGUUGGAGGAAAAGAAUGUCGCUGACCCUGAAAAGUAACAAAAACAGGGUUGAGUUCAUCCACAUGGUCAUCGGGAUGUCCAUGCGCAUUUGCCAGGCCCGGAACACGACUCUGGAUCCCAGCUUCUUUGUGUACGUCAACCCGUUUAGCGGGAGCCACUCGGAAGGAUGGAGCAUGCCGUUUGGUGAACACGGUUACCCGAGAUGGGAGAAGACACGGCUCCAAAACAGUCAGUGUUACAAUUGGACUCUCCUCCUGGGCAAUCGCUGGAAAACCUUUUUUGAAACUGUACAUAUUUACCUGCGCAGCCGUACGCGCCUACCUACCCUCCUGCGUAACGACACAGGCCAAGGUCCGGUGGACCUGUCCGAUCCUACGAAACGACAGUUCUACGUGAAGAUAUCCGAGGUCCAGCUGUAUGGGUACAGCUUACGAUUCAACCCGGACCUCUUGCGCAGUGCAGUCCAGCAAGUCAACCAGUCCUACUCCCAAGGGGGCCAGUUUUAUUCCUCGUCCUCGGUCAUGCUUCUCAUGUUGGACAUCCGGGAGCGAAUCAAUCGCCUGGCUCCACCGACCGCGCCGGGAAAGGCGCAGCUAGACCUCUUCUCGUGUAUGCUGAAGCAUCGAUUGAAGUUGACCAAUAGCGAAAUCAUACGCGUCAACCAUGCCCUGGACUUGUACAACACUGAGAUACUGAAGCAACCCGAUCACAUGACACUCAAACUUUGUUAACCUUCCCAUUCCUUUCUCUCGAGUAAGAUCGUUGGAAGUUCAGAGGUUCGAACCUCUGAGGGAUUUAGGUGGACUUUAAUUCUUUUAGGAUCUACCUUAUGACCUGACUAUGAUUAUGCUGCAAAGUAUAAAAUGGAGUAUAUUUACAUACUUCCUUUUAUGUAUUUUUUUUAUUAUUUUGGGGGGGUGGGAAGUGG